AUGGGUCCAACAGGGAAUAAGCCAGACGCUUCUCCCAGGGCCCAUCGCAUGAUGCCACCCUUCCUACUGGCCAAGACAGACAACACUUCCAUGAACCACUCCUCCAGCAAAGAUGAGAGCAAGGCCACAUGGGGUAUCAACAUCAUGAAGAAGGCCAAGAAGACCGGCCCCAAGGUGUUUGGAGUACGACUAGAGGACUGUCAACCUGCCGUCAACAACAAGUUUGUCCCUCUGAUCGUGGAGUUGUGCUGUGGGCUGGUGGAGAGCUUGGGUCUGGAGUACACUGGUGUUUACAGGGUACCGGGAAACAACGCCAUGGUAUCCAGCCUUCAGGAGCAGCUCAACAAGGGUUUGGAGAUCAACUUCACAGAGGAGUGGGAAAGAAGGUAA